UGUAGGUGAUGUUAAAACGUAGACUUUUGAAUAAACCUUUAAUUUAGCUUACCCAACGUUUUAGCGAAUUUACUACUUGAACUCAUGUUCAUGAUUUAAUGUUACAGUGUGCUCUUGAUCGACCCUCUUUCAAUGUAAUUUGAUGAAGUGAAGGAGCAGCGAUUUCGGAGAAUACGGACGAUAUAAGCUACAUGUAGCAAAACUGAAGAUUCAAUCGCUGCCCACGUCAGAGGAACUGCGGUACAUUAGCGGAAGAAUGCCAGCGGGUGUGUGUGGCUGCUGUGGACCCCUGAGGCCCAGGUACAAACGCCUGGUUGAUAACAUCUUCCCAGAGGACCCCAAAGAUGGCCUGUCCAAGUCAGACAUGGAGAAGCUCACCUUCUACGCGGUUUCAGCCCCGGAGAAGUUGGACAGGAUUGGGGCCUACCUGGCGGAGCGACUGAGCCGAGAUGUGGUCCGCCACCGCUACGGGUACGUGGUCAUCGCCAUGGAGGCUCUGGACCAGCUCCUGAUGGCCUGUCACUCCCAGAGCAUCAAGCCCUUUGUGGAGAGCUUCCUCCACAUGGUGGCCAAGCUGCUGGAGUCCCGGGAGCCAGACCUGCAGGUCCUGGGGACCAACUCGUUUGUCAAGUUUGCCAACAUCGAGGAGGACACACCGUCCUACCACCGGCGCUACGACUUCUUUGUCUCCCAGUUCAGCGCCAUGUGCCACUCAACCCACGAAGACCCUGAGACCAGAACCAGGAUCCGUGUGGCCGGUAUCAAAGGGCUGCAGGGCGUGGUGAGGAAGACGGUGAACGAUGAGCUUCAGGCCAUCAUCUGGGAGCCCCAGCACAUGGACAAACUCAUCCCCUCCAUGCUGUUCAACAUGCAGGAUGCCGAGGACCUAGACAGGGUGGGCCCACCCGGCACGCCUUCGGAGACAGGGCAGGAUGGUGAGGAAAACCCAGCGUCCCUGGCCGAGAGCUGCUUCAGAGAGCUGCUGGGAAGAGCCGCCUACGGCAACAUGAACAACGCCGUCCGCCCUGUACUAGUGCAUCUAGACAACCACCGGCUAUGGGAACCCAACGAGUUUGCAGUUUCCUGUUUCCGGAUCAUUAUGUACUCCAUACAGGCCCAACACUCCCACCACGUCAUCCAGCAGGUCCUGGGCCACCUGGACACGCACAACAAGAACACACCCCGCAUGAGGGCCGGCAUCGUGCAGGUCCUUCUCGAGACGGUUGCCAUAGCAGCCAAAGGCUCCGUUGGCCCUACGGUACUGGAGGUGUUCAACACCCUGCUCAAGCACCUGCGGAUGAGUGUGGACUUUGAGCUUGGUGAGAACUCCAGACGGAACUCCGGCGCCAGCGUGUCCUCGUCCGGACGGGUCAAGGAGAGCGAGGAGCGCAUCGUCCAGAACGCCAUCAUCCAGACAAUCGGGUUCUUUGGUGGCAACCUGCCAGACUACCAGCGUGCGGAAGUGAUGAUGUUCAUCAUGGGCAAGGUGCCCGUGUAUGGCACCCCCUGCCACACCCUGGACACUGUGAAGAUUGGGCACCAGGGCACCAAGCGUAUCCAGGCCAUGCUGCUGAGCUCGCUCAUCAUGGUGACCUCUGGUUUCAAGUCCAAGACCAUGGUGGCAGCGCUGCCCGCACCCUUCCUGGACCCACUCUUCUCCAUUUCACUCAUGGAGGACUGCGAGCUUCGCCAGUUGGUCCUUGAGAUCCUGCUUAACAUCAUCGAUCGCCACGACAACCGUGCCAAGCUGCGGGGCAUCAGGAUCAUUCCUAAUGUGGCGGCCUUGAAGAUAAAGAGGGAGAAGAUAUCGAAACAAGACGUUGGGUUCAUGAAAAAGCAUGGGCAGCAGCUGUACCGUCACAUCUACCUGGGCUGUAAGGAGGAGGACAACGGUCACAAGAGCUUUGAGCUGCUCUUCACUACCCUGGCCGUGCUCACCAUUGAGCUGGCCAAUGAGGAGGUGGUGGUGGACCUCAUCAGGCUGGCUCUUGCCCUGCAGGAUAUGUCCUUGGCUAAUGAGGAGAACAUGCCCAUGGUCAUCCGUUGUGGCAUCAUGGCACUGGUGGCGGCCUACCUGAACUUUCUUAGUCAGAUGAUCGCCAACCCAGCCUUCUGUCAACACGUCAACAAGGUGAUUGAGAUGAGGAACCUGGAGGCCCCUUACCUCCUCCCUGAGCACAUCUUCAGAGAGAAGUGUCCGCUUCCAAAUUCUCUUGAGAAGGAAGAUCGGAGCCUGUAUUUCCAGACGGUUGACCUCGCGGAGUGCCUGGUCGGCCCAGGAUACAACGCUGAGCGUCUCUCAAUCCCCUACGUCCCCCAAGUGACAGAUGAAGACCGCUUCACCAGAAGAAAGAGUUUGGUUGACACCAUUUCUCUUCAAGUGGAUUUCCCUUCUGAUAGCCUACCAGACAAGUCUCCGCUGGCUGAGGAGAUCACCUUCGAGACUCUGAAAAAGGCCAUUGAAACCACAGGGUUGGAGGAGCAGGAGAAGGAGAAGAGGCGCCAGGUCAUGGAGAAGUUCCAGAAGGCUCCAUUUGAGGAGAUUGCCGCCCACUGCGAGUCCAAGGCCAAUAUGUUACAUGACAGACUGGCGCAAAUCUUCGAGCUCACUAUCCGGCCCCCUCCCAGCCCCUCUGGAGUGGUGUCUAUCUCUGCGGGCCACGCUCAACACCAGUCUGUCCCUGUCUACGAGAUGAAGUUCCCCGACCUGUGUGUCUACUAGAUCAAAGACCACGCCUUGUACCCUCAACCCUAACCCUGACCACUAACCAUACCCAGACCUGUGUGUCUACUGGAGCAAAGACAACCACAUAGCCCUUACCCUAACCACUAACACAGUGUACCCUCAACCCUAACCACUAACCAUACCCAGACCUGUGUGUCUACUGGAGCAAAGACAACCACAUAGCCUUUACCCUAACCACUAACGCAGUGUACCCUCAACCCUAACCCAUUUCCUAACCCCUUCAGAUCUGCGUGUCUAUUAAAGCAAAAAUAGUGGCAGGAUAGAACCACUAAAACCCUAUAUCCUCAACCCUACCCCCCAAGUCUGCUCCUUAGCCCUAUACCAGAUAUGUCAGCUACAGCAAAGACUAGCUGCGGCACUAAGCCCUAAUACUGUGUUCCCUAUUUCUUAACACUGCACAUUGUUCCUGCCCCUCCUCAGACUAAUGUGUCUAUUACCAGAUGAGAUGGCUGUAGUUUCCAGUCACACAGGCUACACACACACGUGAACGUGCGCGCACACACACAUUCGUAGUUAUAGUCUAAUUAAUUAGCUGUGGUGUGUUGGCUUAUACACUUGGAAAGUGGAGAUGUCAUAGAAUAUCGAAAAGUGAACAUUACUGGAGGCACCUUGUCGUUUCAAAGAUACCAUCGCGCUUGCUAGCAAAGAGAUUUGUGGUGGCUAAUUAACAGUAAAUAAGUGAAUUGUUUUGCCUCACCGUUAGCCAAGAGGCUUACUACCUAGCCAGCUAAACUUGUUUACAGUUAGUUAGCAAUCGUUUCAAAACUGUUUUGCUAGCAACAUAGUGCUGCCGUGUUAAUUAUAACCGGUCUCACAAAAUGUCUCUCCAGUUGUUUACAUUUUACCAUUGUGACGCACAUCCAUGUGUAUCCAUGCAUUUCUGUGCAUAUUAGAGAAAAGUAAUUUUAGCGGCCAGCCUGAAAAAUUGCUUAUUUUAUUGGCUUUUGCAGACAGAUAAACCACAGUGCUGCAGAAAGCUAAUACCUUGUUUUUUUUUUUUAAAUGUCCCAAUUGAAUGAAAACCAAUUCGUAUAUGUUAACCUGUGUGAAAGGACAAGGUGAAUUUCAGGUAGAACAUUGAGAGUCUUGGAAAUGUGGAAAUUCUAUUCUGGAUUAUUUGGGAAUAGACAUCUUGGUGGAUUGAGCAGGGUUCUUUGUUGCAGGUCCAUUAUGGCAGUGUUUCAAAAAUGUUUGGUAUGAGACCAGGCUAGUAACGUGGUAGUAACCCCCCCCCCCCCCCCCCUGUUAUGUUAUGGUCUUGACUUGUGGUUCCUUCCAUAGGAAUCCAGUCACCACUGUUCAAAACCUACUGAAGUCAUGCCCUUCAGGACCUGUACUGAGGAAUGGUAUUGUCGACCAACUAACGCUAAUAGAAAAGCAAGCAGUCGGUUACUAAAGGCACCAUGUCAUUUAGUUGAUAUAUUGAUCGUUUAGGAUGAUAUGGCAGCCAAGUGCAUUCACCUUUUUUGGUGUUAAUUGAUGUGUUCAGGCAGUUGUACUGAACACUCCCUUCACCUCCGCGUAUCUUUUUCAUAGCACUUUCACAAUAUGGUACAAAAACAUUUCGUUAUUUUUAUUUUUAUCACACCGUCUUGACAAGAUUCGUGCGAAGGCUAUUAAGUCGUCUUUUUCUUCUCGACCCUCUCACCGAUGCCGAGCACAAUACAAGUAUUCUAACGCAAUGGACUUUGGAUAGUUGCAUCUAUUUUCUCGUAAGGCAUUUUACAUGAACAGUUAGAGAUUUUUCAUUAUUGAUGAUCACAUUUCAAAUCUCUGUCGUUUCUCUUUCCAGUAAUUUGAUAUGACGUGUUGGUUUGAUAUCACGAUGCGUCAAAUAACUAUAGAUACAGUAUAUACAAUGUUAUGCUUAUUGCUAUAGGCCAGAUGUUUAUGUACAGUAUAAUUGGUAUUGUUCACAUGGGUUUCAUAGCUUGCAGCUAGCUUCCUGUGGAUAUGUGUCAUGAUGAUUUGUCUUGAUUUAGUAUUGAUUGUUAUUUAGAGUAUGUGGGGAAAUAUAAUCGAGAGGGUUCACCAAUAUCGUUUUCCAACUUACCUGGCAGGACAAGAUCUGUCAUAACUCUGUUGGCCAUCUAGAAUACCAAAACACUUUCAUCUUUACCAAAGAAUCCAUUUGCCACGGCCCCCCACCCGUCCCCUCCCUCCCUCUAACGUCUUAAUAACGAUGUCACUCAACAUUUUGUUUCCGAGGGAACCAAAUAUCUGUCUGUGUGCUGUUUGGCGCUCGCCACUGGGCUGUUUAAUAACCCAGGUUGUUAUCUUACUUUACUAUUGUUACAUCCUGGCUUGGUGCGGGUGUCUCUCCUGUUUCCAGUGCUAUGGGAUGACGCAGACAUGCUGUGUGAAACGCUGCGUUAGUCAAGGAAAAAAGGUCCUCGAUUUGCGGUCGUCAGAUCAUAACAGAUUAUUUUGGAAGGACCCAUCGAAGCAAAGGACCAUUCGGCGAAGGGGUGGGCAUAGUUCAGUCCGACAGAGGUUAGUGUCAGGGACGGGGUCUGCAGUCCUCCCAAACAAGACACUCUAAUAAUGAUUAUGAGGCCAUUUGAAAAGAGGCUUCAGCGAUAUAGGUGAUGUUGAGAUGGUUAAUAGUGUGGGCUCAAGUUGAAGAACAGAGAGGCUAAAGUGAUGUUGAGAUGGUUAAUAGCGUGGGCUCAAGUUGAAGAACAGAGGGGCUAAAGUGAUGUUGGUUCUCAGUGAUGGCAUCCUGUUGUGCCUUCUGUAGCAGGAUACUGCAGAACGUUGCUGUGGGUGGUUUUGUAUGUUCAAGGUGGUUUCAUGUUAAGCGGUAAAGUCUCGCUCAGCCAGGCUUUCAGUCUCAAGUAGACUGAGCCACUGAGAGACUUGAGUCCAGCUUGCGAGACUAGUGGAUCAAAAUUGGUUAGUAUAUUGAGGAAAGACGGCGGGCGGUACGGUGUACGAUUGUAAAUGGGAAUCACUAAGGCUUCUGAUAGCAGGGUUGGGGGAAUCGCUAAGGUGAUUGGUGGACACUAUCUUCAUCCAUUUUAAUUGGCUGGUGGCGGAAAAUGACCAUUUGGGAAGUAGCCUCUUUGAUUAUAUAUAUAUAUUUUUUUUACGUGGUAGCUAACGUGGUACUUUAUGACUCAGACCUAAGCCACUUGUGAAACAGAUAAAUAACACAUUUAGCACAGAUGAUUGGCCCUCAAACACAGAUUUUUCCAAUUGUUUUUCAAUCGCGAUUGGGUUGUCGAGAUUGCUGCCUUAGCUAAGAAACCUUCGGGAAACUCACCCAAGAGCAACAUAAGUCAAUAAUGUUCGUCCAUAUCCAUUGUAGAAAGGAACAUUUUCAUUCUGUCUGAGACUUUUUUCUCAUUUUGACCUAAUAUGUAGAAAUGCCCCUAUUGAUGCAUAUAAUCUGAAGUCAUAUCAGAAAUGUGUAAUCUCAUUCAUGGCGAAGUGCAAUAUGUUUUCCUCUGUAUGAUUUAUAGGAUUGUUUUUCUUUUGCAACACGUACUGUCUUAUCUUGAACUGUGGUGUCACUUCAGAUAGCAUAUAGUACUAUGAGUUUAUCGAGAGGUUCAUUAUGAAAUAUCAAGUGUGUAUGUGUAACCUGUGGAAGUUAAGACAUGAGGAAUGUAGACCAUACAGCAUCAUUGACUGAGAUUGAGUGCCAGUCUGUUUUUUUUGCUGUCAUUCCGAAUUCCCUGUUACUCAUUGGCUUGACAAUGACUGCAAUGGAGUAGACAAGAGCACAAACAGGUCUGGGACUAGUCUAUCAUUUACCUUCUUUAUGCUGAAUUUGUCAAUAGUCUACUAUGGUAUGUUUUUUUUUUUUUAUAGAUAUUCAUCAUACGAGUGGCAUGUUGCCUGAUAGAAAAUGGGUUGGGAGCUAUAGUUCUUCUGUUUUGUUGUUCAAAAUCAGCACUCCUCUUAACUUGAAACGGUGCAAUGGGAGACCACUGUUUUGGCUAAACCACCCUUUUUUUUAAGUCUGAUGUAUUUUUGGUGUUUUGAGACGCCCCAGUGUGUGCUGGUUUUCCUUCCAACAUAUCUACGAAAUCUUUUCCCGAAGGACAAAAUCCUGACAAAAGUUGGGUUAAUGCCAGAUACAAUUCAAUAUUCAAUAAGCAGCUCGAUUUAAGUCUUGUGUGGAUAAGGAGAUAAGUUUGCAUGAAAACCAGCAACCACGGGGGGGGUCUGAAGACCUGGUUUGACAAAGGCUUCGCUGUGGUGAAGAGGCUGCAGGGAUAUUGAGUCCAUUUUCUCUACUUAUUACAAUGACGAGAUAGAGAAUAGUGAUUAUAGACUGAAAUUAACAGUAUAAUAAUUAACAAUCAUUUGAGCGACUGGUCAGCAAUGGCUACAAUUAAGCAUCAUUCGUAAAGCCCCAUGCAGUGUUUGUAAUUUAACAUCACUUUGUGUAAUAAAUAACUGUUUUUGUUGUUGUUGUUGUA